AUGUCGGUUGCCUUUGCUUCUGCUCGCCCAAGAGGCAAAGGGGAGGUGACCCAGCAAACUAUCCAGAAGAUGCUAGAUGAAAAUCACCACCUAAUACAAUGUAUUAUGGAUUAUCAGAGCAAGGGGAAAACUGCAGAAUGUACUCAAUACCAACAAAUCUUGCACAGAAACCUGGUUUACUUGGCCACAAUAGCAGAUUCUAACCAGAAUAUGCAGUCCUUGCUUCCUGCUCCACCAACGCAAAACAUCAACUUGGGCCCCGGAGGAAUGACUCAGAGCGCAUCCAACCAAUCUCUCCAUUCCCAGAGCAAUCUGAGUGAUGCGAUUGGGACGGGCCUUCCUCCUUCCUCCCUCAUGCAGAGUCAGAUUAGCAAUGGUCCUAACCACGUGUCUAUGCAGCAGUCAGGCCAGAACACUAUGCCCACGACCUCUCUGAGUAUGACUGUCAGCAGUCAUGGAACUGGGCCUGGUUAUAGCCACACAGUGCCUGCAUCUCAGAAUGUGCCAAUGCAAGGCCAGGGCUCAAUAGGCAAUUAUGUCUCUCGAACAAACAUCAACAUGCAGUCUAAUCCAGUCUCCAUGAUGCACCAGCAAGCAGCAACGUCACAUUACAACUCGGCGCAGGGAGGGAGCCAGCAUUACCAGGGCCAGUCCUCCAUCGCCAUGAUGAGUCAGAGCAACCAAGGCAACAGCAUGAUGGGCCAGCGCCCCAUGGGCCCCUACAGAGCUUCACAGCAAGGUUCCUCGCAGCAGUACAUGGGGCAGGAAGAAUAUUACAGUGAACAGUACAGUCAUGGGCAAGGCUCCUCGGAACCCAUGAAUCAGCAAUACUAUCCCGAUGGACAUGGUGACUACGCCUAUCAGCAGUCCUCCUACACUGAGCAGAGCUACGACAGGUCGUUUGAUGACUCUACACAACACUAUUAUGAAGGAGGAAAUUCUCAGUACAGCCAGCAGCAGGCAGGAUACCAACAGGGAGCUGCACAACAGCAAACAUAUUCCCAGCAGCAAUACCCGAAUCAACAAAGUUACCCAGGACAACAGCAAGGAUAUGGUCCUGCACAAGGAGCCUCUUCACAGUAUUCCAGCUACCCACAGGGCCAGGGGCAGCAAUACGGGAGUUACAGAGCUUCUCAGACAGGCCCAUCCGCUCAGCAACAGAGGCCUUAUGGCUACGAGCAGGGACAAUAUGGAAAUUACCAGCAAUAA